CACGAUCGCCCUGUGAGGAAUGAAAAGAAAAGAAAAAUCUGCGUUUUCAUGUGGCUAUCAGCAAGCAGCAAGCAGUGGCCAUAGGCGAGUCAUGUUGGCGUUAGCAACGACCAUCACAUCUGAUUUGAAUAAUGGCCCUGGAAUUCCUAGCUACAUUUACUGUUUUGAUUGACACUACAGACGACUCGUACCCGGGGUCGCCUUUAUACUGUCUACAAAUUGCGCCUAGCCAACCACCGAACCCCAACACCAACACCAAACACAAUCAGCCUACUGGCACAGCGCAACGAUGAGCAAGAUACUCAUCGCCAUUUCAUUUGUGCUGAUGUUCUCGGCAGCUGCGCCGCAAGCAUCGGCCGCAGUCUCUGGAGCCGCCGUAGGGAUCCUGAAGAUCCCUUCUAAUGACUCCUUGGCUCACUGUAUCCCAAGGUGUGGGGAUGUCGACAUCCCCUAUCCCUUCGGUAUAGGGCCCGGCUGCUUCCGUCAAGGCUUCGAUCUCACCUGCAACCACUCCACCAAGCAUCCCAGGCUCUUUUUAGGCAGCAGCACUCUCCAGGUCACUGACAUUGACAUAUACUCCGGCGUAGUAUCGACCCCUAUAAUCUACAAACUUACAACAAUGUCAGGUACAAAUACGUACGACAUCAUAUGGAAGGCCCCUGCUAAAGGUAUUACUCUAACUAGAGAUAAUACUUUGUACGUAGCUGGUUGUGAUUUGGACGUCACCAUGUUCAAGUAUGGUACAAGAAACAUGGUUGGUUCUUGUAUGACUAGAUGCGCCGGCAAGAAGGCACCGACUGGAGAGCCUUGUUUUGGAAAGGGCUGCUGCCUCAUCCCGUUUGCAAGUGAUCUGCCAGGCUUUCACGCAAAUCUUGUCAGCAUUAAUACUACUGCAACACAGUCAGAUUGGUUCCACCCUGGCAUCAUGGCUUUAGUGUCAAGAGAUCCAUAUUCUUACAGUUAUAAUACAACCGAUCUUUUCUCUAGUUGGACAAAUGCAAGCAUAAUUGAUGACGCGUCGCUUAGACUUGCCAUCAUGGACCAACCAAGCUGUGUAAGUGCACAACUGAAGAACAAAAGCUAUGCCUGUAGCAACGGUAGCAGUUGUCGGGAUUCUUCAUACGGUGGUUACCAAUGUGACUGCUCUUCUUAUAGUGGAGGCAACCCUUACAUUUUAGAUGGAUGCAUGCGACAAGAAGAUUAUAAUCCCAAGCCCAAAGAACACUGUCCCGCAUCAUGUGGACCCAUUACUGUUCCCUUCCCCUUUGGGCUCCAAGAAGGUUGCUUUGCAAACCAAAAAUUUCAUCUGAAUUGUACAUAUGAUAAUCUCACACUUUCUUUCUCAGAAGGUGCACAAUAUUAUGUUACUAAUUUAUCUGUAGAAGAUGGGACUCUGACUGUUAGCAACAUGGUGAAUGGACAUAAUGAAAAAGAGGAAAUUUUAAUCUACACUCAAAAUGGAUAUGUAUUCGAGGACCCUAUGGAAGAUGAGUUUUAUUUCUCAAUGGAAUCUGACAACCAUCUUAUAAAGUGGGCAGUUGCCAAUUUAACUUGUCAUAUAGCUAUGCAAAAGGGUACUAUGUAUGCAUGCCGCAGUUCCUACAGCUAUUGCCUAAAUGUCACCUACGGGGAAAUAUUUAUGGGAUAUCGUUGCAAGUGUUCUUCAGGCUUCCAAGGAAACCCGUACGUCAACGACGGUUGCAGAGAUAUCGAUGAAUGCUCACUGCCAAACUACUGCAAUCAGACAUGUCAAAAUUUUCAUGGAGGCUACACAUGCAUGAAGAACCGCAAUCUUCUUUUGGGUAUUGCAACAGGAUUUGGAUGUGGCCUUGGUUCCAUAGUAAUUGCAGUCUGUGUAGUUGUAUUUACCAAAAAGUGGAAGAAAGGCAUGCAGAAGAGAAUCCGAAAAGAAUAUUUCAAGAAAAAUCAUGGCCUACUCUUGCAGCAGAUGAUCUCAGAUGAAAGUGCCACAAAUAAAACAAAUAUAUUCUCUUUGGAGGAACUAGAGAAGGCAACCAACAACUUUGAUGCCACUCGUGUUCUUGGUCAUGGAGGACACGGUACAGUUUAUAAAGGUAUUUUAUCUGAUCAACGGGUGGUGGCUAUUAAAAAAUCAAAAAUUGUGGAGCAAAUAGAGACAGACCAGUUUAUCAAUGAGGUUGUUAUCUUAUCUCAAAUCAUUCAUCGCAAUGUGGUAAAGCUAUUUGGUUGUUGCCUCGAAUCUGAGGUGCCUUUGUUGGUGUACGAGUUCAUAUCUAACGGUACUUUGCAUGACCUUCUUCACAAUGACAUUAGCGGACAAUGCUUGCUGUCAUGGGAUGACCGCGUCAGGAUUGCAUUAGAAGCAGCCGGAGCACUUGCAUAUCUACACUCGGCUGCUGCAAUACCAAUUUUCCAUAGAGACGUGAAAUCUUCUAACAUACUAAUGGAUAGUAACUUCACAACAAAGGUUUCCGACUUUGGUGCUUCAAGGUCUCUUUCACUCGAUGAAACUCAUGUGGUCACUAUUGUCCAAGGAACAUUUGGUUACCUAGAUCCAGAGUAUUACCAUACUGGGCAGCUAACUGAAAAGAGUGAUGUGUAUAGUUUCGGAGUAAUACUUGUGGAACUUUUGACAAGAAAAAAGCCAAUUUUUAUCAAUGAUCAAGGUGCAAAGCAAAACUUGUCCCAGUAUUUUGUGGAAGGAUUGCAAGAGGGAGCUAUAAUGGAAAUAAUGGAUCCUCAGGUUGUCAAAGAGGCAAACCCAGAAGAGAUUGAUGAUAUUUGCUCACUUACAGAAGCAUGCUUGAGACUCAGAAGAAGAGACAGACCUACUAUGAAAGAAGUAGAUAUGAGGUUGCAAUUCCUGAGAACUAAGAGGCUAAGAAAAUGCAAAACCCUCACAGCUAUUGAUGAAGAUAUUGGGCAUUUUUUAUGCCCAAAGGUUAGUAACUCUGGUGCACAGAUGAAUGUUGCCAAUGCUGGUAAUUUGACAUCUAAAGGCAUCUCCAGUUGCUACAGUCUAGAGCAAGAACUUGCAUCCUCAGUCACUUUGCCACGCUAAGUAGAUAUGAGCAUUACCACAAUCACGUCUUUCAUAGUAUUCAUUUGAAUUACCAUUUAUUUGCUAUGGAGACAUAUUAUGUUACAUAGUUAAUUUUAGAGGAGAAUAUGUCAUGUAGAUUUGCUUCCUGUGUAUCUGCAGAAUAAAUUUGUAAGCUCAUGCCAAUUGUGUACAAAUAUUUGCGGCAAAUACGCUUGUAAGAAAUGACUGAAGAUACAUCAUUGACUGGUGGAGAAGAACAUAUGUGUACUGUUGCCAACAAAUUUCAUAUGUUCCAUUGCGGUUGUAUA